AUGGACUCCACCUCCACUUUUAGCAAGAGGAUUGCCCUCACCGGUUGCGACAACUGGCUCGGCUGCUGCACCGCAUGUCACCUCGCCCAAGAGCUUGAGAAGAAGUGCAAGGACGUUCAGCUUGUCUGCUUGACCCGCAAGCCCGAAAAGCUUGAGAGGCUCGGGAAGUACAAGAAUGUCCGUAUUGAGGAGGUCGAUUAUGACGACGAAAAGACCAUCGAGAAGGCCAUCCGAGGUGUCCGCUGCACUAUUCUCAUCGCAGAGAUGAACGAGCGUCGCGUCAAGCAAGCCAAUAACGUCCUCACGGCGAUGAAGAACCAGAGUGUCCGCUCCUGUAUGAUGAUCUCCGUCGAGGGCGCUGGCGAGUCGUCCCAUCUGAAGGAGCUUCAUUCGUUUGGCGAAAUUGAGAACACCGUCAAGGAGUGUUGUGAUGAGCACCUCAUCCUCCGCAAGAGCAUUCUCAACCAAUGCUUCCUCUUCUGGUCGCCGAUCGUACAGGAGAAAUGCGAGUUCCCUACCUUGACUACCAAGCAGUGUGAGAUGACCCCCCUCGACAUAUGCGAUCUCGUCUGCGCCGUCGAAAAGAUUGUGAUCGAUCACUGCCACGGCCAGCUCUCUGAGGACCUUGGCGGUUUCGAUCAUCACACAAACAAGACCUACACUUUGACCGGCCCUGAAAAGAUCAACUUCGAGCAGUUGGCCCGCGAGAUCGGAGAGAUCACUGGUGAAGAAAUCGAGGUGAAGGAGGUUUCUCGCGAGGAAUUGAAGCGUUACCUAGAGAAGCUCAAGCACCGCGAUCACUGGGAUGAGGAGAUUUAUGUCAUGCAGUGUCAGGAUCUUCUUGGCGGCUCUGUCCAUGUUGAGGGCGGCGACCAUCGCGGCGAUCAUGAUGGUGGGAACCCCCACUAUGCUCCCAAUGAGUCGACUACCAACCUGCUCCUCGACGAACUGGAGCUUAUCAAGAGAGGCGAGGCCAACUUUGUCUCUGGUGAUCUGGAGAAGAUUAUUGGCCAUCAAGGCAAGCUCAUCAAGGACUUUUUGCGUAAGGAGAAGAACGCCUUCAAACCCCAUCGUGACUGA